AGUAAACAAACCGCUGGCAUCAUCUGUUUUGCCAGUUUUUGCCGCUAUAAACAACACAAGAAAAUACCGGUAAACUUCUUUCACGAAAUCAGUAUCCAAAUCUGUGAUGUUUAGUGAGCUUUGUGUGUGUGAUUGAUAAACAUAUUAGAGACAGUUGUCACUACGGCUAAUUCUACUAGUGUGCUGCCUUGAAGAAGAUGACGGACUUUUGUGAACUUACGCUGAACCGCAAAGGGUUUUAUGGUGUCGACUUUAGCAAGGAUUUCGACCGCAUCAAGUGCGUUGUGUUUGAUAUGGAGGGACUGUGGAUGGAAGAGCUGCCCGUGGCAACGCUGAUCAAGCGCCAGAAAGAACGAAACCCAACCAUGGACUGUACGGAGGCACUGAUCGAUCAGACCCUUCUUGAGGCCGGCUGCAGUGGCAACUACAGCGCGACCAUUGCCGAAGCGGGUGUCCACUUUACGGCCAAAUACUAUCUGGAAAAUUACCCAAUCACGUUUCAGUUCUUUCUCGUGCCCGCACUGGCGCAAGGAAUUUCCUGUCACUACAUCAAACCGCUGUGGCGGACGGUGCUCUUGCAGUACGCACAAAUACGAGCCCUCGCGGAAGAGCUGAAACGCAAGGAUGCAGAAAUUGCCCAGUAUCAGGCGGAAGGGGCUCGGCUAAGCAGGACCAGCGUGCAGACGGUCCCGUUCGAUGAGCAAACGUUCCGGCACGAGUUUCCCAUGAAGCUGCCCAAACAGUCCAUCCGAAUAGAGCACCUUUUGGAGAGUAGCGUUCAUCGUGGUAGGCUGAUGAAAACGCUGGACAUUGAAGAGACCGGUAUGGAUGGUUCGGCAAAGAGCAAGGCCAGACUGUCGAUUCCUACCACACAGUCGAUCAGUUCACCUUCGAGGCGGAAGAAGAAACGUGCGAGAAUUUUAGCGCCCACCGACCUUACCAAACAAAACAUUGAGUACGACAACGAAGAGGAUGAUUCGUAGGCGCAGCAGCACAGAGAACAUUCGCUAGGAAUGAUUGAUCGAAAUGCAUUACCCGGGCGCUCGGGUCGAAUUUCUCGCUUUUGGGUGGAUAUUCGAUAUCGAACGAUUUGUAAGUCAGUAGCAAAGCUUAUCAAGCACUAUAUUGUUUAAAUUAGUACUAAUCUUACCUCACAUUGUCUGGCUUAUAUAGGAUGCACAGUGCGUGUUCAGUCAAACUACGAUUUUGUGUGUGUUUUGGAGCUAAUACGCCAGUUGUUUCUUUAUAAAGUGUCCCCAAUUGAAUGCCUGUUUUAGCAAAAAUCACAUUUCUAGUAAAUGUAUAGGGAGAAGGUAGAAGAAAACAUUGAUUAGCUUUUAUAGCUAUAGAAGAUAGGCUGACAAUUUGAAGAGAAGUCCGUGAACUUGAAAAUCUUUUCAACAUUUCAGAUGACCGGAAUUGGCUGACAUGUUCAAUUGUGUUAUCCUUGUAUGAUUAUUUCAAUUUCAUUUUAAGACUAUUUUUUUAGCAAAAUAUUCAUAUUUAAGACCCGUUCUAAAUACAAGUGAACAAUAUUGUGUCCCAUUAAUCAGUCACGUGUAGUCGAUAAUCGAUAAUAAUUGAGUCACAACAAGUUCUCGAAGCUUUAGUCCACUCAAUCUGUUGAAGGUUAUCUAAAGACUCCCUUUCCCUUAACAAAAAAUGACCAAAGUAUUUCAAUUUUACAUACAAAAAAUCCAAACAAAGUUUUUUGAUAGCUGUUUCAAUGAUUUAAGUUUAAAAAACUACUAGCUCUAUAAAAAAACAUUAUUUAAAAAAAAAACUCUUUAUUUUUUAAUUUUUUCCCCUUCCUUGAGGAGUACUCUUGUUUAAUACAGGACGUAAAAUAACUCAUUUUUGGUUAAUUUUUUCACUAAAAAUCAGUAACUUUUUUCAUAUGAAUAUAAUAACAAUUUUUUUGUCGAAAAUUGCAAUAUUUUUAAUGCUGAAUAAAUUACCAUGUUUCGAUUAAAAGUUUAUUAAAUCCACUAUUGGUGAUUGCAUGAAAAUACAAAUUUUCUGUAUGUAGUGGGUUAAUUUAACAUUAAAAAAGUCUAAUUUCUGCUCUUUUUCUUUUAAAACAAUUUUCCAAUAUUUUAAUUUUCAAGAUUUGCUCGGUAGAAUAGCUAUAAAAUGUAAAUAAAGUAAUAAAAUUAAUUGAAACACCUCAUAAACACAUAAUUCAACCUGUGAGGCCUAAGUGUGAGCAAAACACCAAACGCUGUAAUAUGUUCCAUUACAGAUCUAAAUAAAAUUAAAAAAAAAAAUUGCAUGAAACUAAUGACCGCAAAAAUGCAAGAACGAUAGACAAUGAACGUUUGAAUCAUUUCCAAAAAUAAGUACGUAUAAAUAUAUCACCACCAUGGGGGCUGAAGCAUGAGAAGUGCGCAACAAAACCACGGUGCGUGCGUGGUGCGUAUGAAUCACACCCAAGGCAAGUGAAUCAUAAACGGCACCAAUCAUUGCCCGGUACGCCUCCAUAAAGGUCUCGAUUUAAUGAUAAUUAUUUUUAGCACUGCGCUCCGAGUGCCGAUCCGCAGCCACGGUGUAGCAACUCCGCCAACUCCGCUUGAUGUCGAUCGUUUGCAAUAACAAACAUAAACGCACCACCCAGCAGCACGAAGCAGUGACGCUUUUACUAUCUAUAGAACUGAUGCGUUUAUACGCCAACCACACUUAAGUACGCAUAACGCCUCAAUUAACGCGCAACUACGUACGCGACGGAGCGCGGUGCGACGUAAGCGACGUGAUCCUUACGAUUUUUCACCCCUUUUUGGUUGGGUUACAUCUUGCAACACCAUGUUACUACACCCCUCCUGUCGAGGACUGACGAGGCGUACAGUACAGUAGCUAACAUGCUUGUUCAUGUCGACGAUUGAGACCAUCAUCAUCAUCAUCGUCAUCAUCAUAGUCAUCCUUAUCCGCUCUUAGCAUAAUUGUAUUGCCCGCCACCAGAAGCAGUUUGGGCAUUUUCCCCCACGGUAUUUAAUGCCCACAAGGGUUAACAACAAUUCCCGAAGUUUAUUAUUUGUUUCCUACGGUCAGGCGGGGAAAUCUCAUGCCCGUUUUGCGUUGACUACUGUCGUGAGCGUGUCGUGAUUGACUUCGGGCCUCGAACCCUUCGUGGUGUGUGAGCAUAUCGUGUGGCUUUUUUUUUGUUGUUGCUAUUUACCCUUGUUGGUUUUGCUAUUUGCUAGCUCAGUUAGGGGAAAACCCCAUGUUUCCCGUAGCAGAGAAGUGAUUCCCCCUUGUUGUGUUUGCUAUAAUAGAGCAAACAUUAUAUCCGGUUACUCGGUUCAGCUCUCGGUGUCCUUAUCGUCCCUCCGUGGGUUUUCCCUCCUUGUAGAGAGAGAGAGAGAGAGGGGUUGUAGUUUAGUUCAAGAGGGAGCGACCUAGCAGGAUGCCAAUAGUGUACAAACCUGCAGCGCAAAGAAACAAUUAAUUCGAAGAAUAUAUCAGCCACCUCGUAAAAGGGAAUAAAAAUAUAGAUAAAAAGAAAUUAUUACAAAUCGCUAUCCACUUUUGCUCAUAAAUGUGUGUGUGGGAAAAUCACUAUUUCUGUCCAAUUGUUUUUCAUUUUUCAAAUAUUCAAAUACGAACCAACGAAAGUAAUCUUACGAAUAUGUUAUCUUUUACGUAUUUCAUACGUUCCUCCAUGUAUAUCUUACAUCUUGAAUAUAUUCUGUUACAAUUAGUGGAUUUGUAAUCAAAUUUAUAUGUUUGUAGGGUUUAUUUUUUUCCUUGAUAUGUGUUUUCAUGAACAAUUAGCCUACGAAAGUUUGCUCGCCGUACAAUACAGUCUUUCCGCGAAUCACGCCCAACACUCGAGUUAUGCGAAAUUUUAUGUUUUGAUAGUUCAUAUGACAGAUCGGCACAAUAAUGUCCAGCAAUUGUUGAAUGCAAAGUAAAUUGCUUUUUUUUAUAUCAUUUUUAAAUCGUUAAAGAGACAGAAACAGUCGAAUUUUGUAUACGAAUUAUAUUCAACAAGUAAUAAAGUGGAUUGAAGAUAUUAAAGACACCUAAAAAACCUAUUUAUUACGCGAGUUACGAGAAUGCCUUCGGAACGUAUUAUUCGCGUUACUUGGGAAUAGAUCGAAUGCUAUUGGGUAUGUUUUUUUUUUGUUAUAAACUGUUUACCGUAACAGGUUGGCUGAUAAGUCCCCGGUCUAACAAAGAAAAACACAUUUUUUUGUCAAAAUUCGUUUUUAUUAUUCAACAUAGUUCCCUUCAAGAGCGAUACAACGAUUAUAACGACCUUCCAAUUUUUUGAUACCAUUUUGGUAGUACUCCUUCGGUUUUGCCUCAAAAUAGGCCUCAGUUUCGGCGACCACCUCUUCAUUGCAGCCAGGCAGGCAAAUUUUUUCCCUGCGAGCAUCCUUUUGAGGUCUGAGAACAAGAAAAAGUCGCUGGGGACCAGAUCUGGAGAAUACGGUGGGUGGGGAAGCAAUUCAUGAAUUUUUGCCAUCGUUCUCAAUGACUUGUGGCACGGUGCGUUGUCUUGGUGGAACAACAAAAUAACAAAAGUUGCUUGACAAAAGACGCUCUGUCUCACAAACUAAUUGACAUACAGACGUCAAAUUUUGACACGAAUCAUUUGAAGGUUGGUACUAUAUAAAAAUAAUAUGCAUUUAAUACUAGCGGCGCCAUCUAUGUGUCAGACCGGGGACUUAUCAGUCAACCUGUUACAAUUUAUUCGACGAGACAGAACUAUUAACAGGUAAUACUAAAAUUACCAGGAACUUCUAAUACCUAUGCUAAAAGACUAAAUUAAACCAUUGAGUUAGCAAUGGCAACACACAUGUAAAGAAUAGAAUAGACACAAAAGAAAGUAUAAUAUUAUGAAUAAAAUGGGAAGCGUAUAGAGAAACGUGAAUACAUUGAGAAAGAAAGAUUAAGCCUCCGAUUUAAACAAAAAAUAGAAAUAAUAUUAACAAGAAAUAGAUUAAUCAAUAGCUAUAACAAAACGAAUUAACAAAAAAUGCAAGCAAGCAGAAUAAAAGGCUGGUUGGAAAAGAUAACAAAAAUGUAGAAAAUUCAAAUAGAUAAGCUGAAUUAACAAAUUUAUUCUGGUCAGACUUCUAUUACUUGCCCGCAUCGCUGAUGUAGAGAGCAAUAGUUUUGUGUAUGUUCUAUAAUCGGGAUACAUAGCGACUUUUUUGGAAUCAUCCGGAGUCAUCCGGAGUCAUCCGGUGUCGUUUGGAAUCAUCCGGAGUCAUCCGGAGUCGUCCAAAGUUAUCCGGUGUCAGCUGGAGUCGUCUGGACUAGUCAGGAGUCGGAGUCUUCCGUCGAAGUCAACCGGAGUCGGCUGAAAUUUCAUGGUUUUUUCAUGAUGUUUUUUUCUAUCUUUUGAUUUGCCCAUCGGAUAUGAAAUGCCUGACCGCAAAAAAAAAAACAUUGCACCGGUCGGCUCCGUCGGACCCCGGACGGCCUCGACUCCGGUUGACUUCGACGGACGACUCCGACUCUGGACAUCUGCGACUCCGGACGUAUCCAGACGACUCUAGACGACUCCGAAUGGUUUUGGACGACACCGGAUGACUUGGGAUGACUCCGGAUGACUCCAGACGACCCCGGAUGACUCCGGACGACUCCAAACGACUGUGGAUGUCUCCGGACGACUUCGGAUGAUUCCAAACGACUCCGUACGACCACGGACGAAGAUCUGCCCACCAUUAUCAGGAAUUUCGUGUAUGUUAUACAUUUUAUUGAUUGUAUAAUUUAAAAUGUCUCUCUAAUAUCUUGUCGAGACUGUUUCAUGUGACCUUGCGGUUAAAAUGGUUACUAAAUCUCUAUUCAGAUUGAACAUUGCUAAUGAUCUCACAGUAGUGUGAGGCUUUUAUAUUAUUCCACUUACCCCUUUUUACCCUAGGCCCAACAGAGCUACAGUUGCCAAUCACCAUAAAUGGAAUUUAAAUAUCUCCCUCUUUCUGCACAUGUCACCCCUUCGUUCAUCCCUCCUAAAACAUACGAGGGGAAAGCAAACACCAACAUCAUUACCUCUAAAGUACACAACUUUACACCUUGUCCACGUCAUACCGAUUUUGUAACAGAUUGACGCAACAACGGUAGGAGUAAAAAAACGCCUCAUAAACACACAUACACACCACGUUUCCUAGCAACAGCAGCGCGGGUGUCCUGCGUUAUCGCCCGCGGAACCAAGCGGGGGACAUCCCGUAUCGCCCUGGGCCACGAAACCGUGCGGUUCUCUCUCUCACUCUCUCUCUCUAAUCAGUACAAAUCGCCCGAAGGGAGAUGGGUUGCGGGUUGAAAGAUUGCCUACCCAUAGUGGAGCACAACACCCCCCACCCACCGCGUGAUUCACCGCGCAAUUAAUCAUCGCUUCUGAUGCCGAAAAACCGCCGCCUCUUGUUGUGUUACCGGACGACCGGUGGCGCCCUCUAGCAUUAUCGCGUGCGCGGGGUCCCCGGUACCAAAAUCCAUGCGACUUUUCGCUAACGGAUUGAUUAAAUGGCGCCCGAUUAGACGAUCCGAUAGAAGCACUUUUCAGGCUUAACGGAUUGAGCUAGAUACACCGUCGCGGCGACACGAUACAUGUUGCAUACAUGUGUACUACAUUUCAAGAGCCCCCCCUCGCUUUUUUUCGGAUAGCAAUGAGUUCAAACACACUUACGAAUCCGUUGUUCAAUAUUUUUUUUAUUUUCUACUUUCUUUUUCUAAGCACAUUCUUUCAUUCAUACACACACCCUCCCCACUGGUAUUUUUCGAAGUAUUUUUUUUUUCUUCUUGAAAAACAAAAAAACUAACGCACACAAGGAGACCCACGGGAGAGUGCGAAACGACAAAGAAGAGAAAACACACACACACACCUUCUCCUCCCCAUGGUGUUUUUCGCAAGGUGAUCCCGUAGGAGAACGCGAACGCAAAAACACACACAGACAAAGCCACGCACGCAUGCAGGCUAGCACACAAACACACACCUCACUCCUCCCCCCCUCGUGUUUCCCCCCACCCCCUUUUGAUUCCGUAGGAGAUCGCGAAACAGCAAAAAACACACUCACAACCACGUACGCAUGCAAGCACACAUACACACACAUACACAUACACCUACCCCUCCCCUCUCUGGUGUUUUUCACAAGGUGAUCCCGUAGGAUCUCGCUAAGCGAAGCGGCAAAAACACACACAGCCACGCACGCAGGCAUGCACACACAUACACACACAGACGCGCGCGUGCACGCACGCACGAACGCACGAGGGAGCGUAAAUGAAGAACGUAUAGAACCUACGUUGCCGGUCUCCCCCUCCCGUGUUCUCGUUCUCCGACAAGGCUGAGGUGUGCACGUUUGUGCGUGUACCUUUGCCGUCCCUCCUCUCCUUCCUCAUCCGUUGACCGUUCGUUGUAAGCUGGAGGAUGAGUUCAGCGCUGUUGAAGAAAUGAAAGUUAAGAAUAAGAUUACUCACUCUUUUUUGGUA